CUAUAUAUAUGAAUGGAAUGCGUCUAUCUUUCUGUCUUCGGAUCUCUAUCUCUCUGUUCCCGUGGAAAUGGAAGAAAUCAACAGCGAGAGCAAGAAAGGAGAGCCGGAGUAUAUGCCAUCGGUAAUUCCCGGGUGGUUCUCGGAGAUCAGCCCAAUGUGGCCUGGAGAAGCGCAUUCUUUGAAGGUGGAAAAGAUCUUAUUUCAAGAAAAAUCUGAACACCAGAAUGUUAUGGUUUUUCAGUCUUUGACAUAUGGGAAGGUUCUUGUUUUGGAUGGUGUGAUUCAACUCACCGAGAGGGAUGAAUGUGCAUAUCAGGAAAUGAUCACUCAUCUCCCACUUGGUUCAAUUCCCAACCCGAAGAAGGUUUUGGUUAUUGGAGGAGGAGAUGGAGGUGUCUCACGUGAAGUCUCUCGCUAUUCUUCCAUUGAUCAGAUAGAUAUUUGUGAAAUUGAUAAAAUGGUUGUUGAUGUGUCAAAACAAUUUUUUCAUCAAGUUGCUGUUGGGUUUGAGGAUCCCCGCGUAAAACUCCAUAUUGGUGAUGGAGUUGCCUUUCUGAAGGCUGUUCCUGAGGGAACUUACGAUGCAAUUAUAGUGGAUUCUUCUGACCCAAUCGGUCCUGCACAGGGACUUUUUGAGAAGCCCUUCUUUGAAUCGGUAGCAAAGGCUCUUCGACCUGGUGGGGUUGUGUGUACUCAAGCUGAAAGCAUAUGGCUUCACAUGCACAUAAUUGAAGAUAUUGUUGCAAACUGCAGCCAGAUAUUCAAAGGCUCUGUCAACUAUGCGUGGACAACAGUUCCUACAUAUCCAAGUGGGGUGAUCGGUUUCAUGCUCUGCUCUACCGAGGGACCCCCAGUUGAUUUCAAGCAUCCAGUGAACCCUAUAGAUGCCCGUUGCCAUUGUAAAUCGAGCAGGCCCUUGAAAUUCUACAGCUCAGAGAUGCACUCAGCAGCUUUCUGUUUGCCAUCUUUCGCCAAGAAGGUGAUUGAUCCCAAAGCUAAACAAGUAUAACUCGUCCUAAAGUUGCUGGUUUUGGUCCUUGCUAAAAGAGUAUUUCUGGCUUGAGUUUGAGAGAUAUGUAUCACUAUUGAUCAGCAGUUAGAUGAGCAUACAUUUCACAGCUGAAUAAUGACAAAAAGCAGAUUUGAAAUGCUUUGUUUAUGUUUGGAAUGCACGAAUUCUUUUAGCUGUGAGGGAAA